CCCCCCGAACUCAGUUGGCGUCGGACCCAGCGGUGGAGUCUCACGAACAUGGAGACGGCAGGUGCUGAACCUGGGCCGCCGUCCUCAGGCCUCGAGGCUCCGGGUUCCACAGACGAUCGGCUUUUCCUGGUGAAAGGUGGAGUUUUCCUUGGUACUGUGGCUGCAGCAGGAAUGCUAGCGGGAUUUGUUACAACAUUAUCAUUGGCUAAAAAGAAAAGCCCUGAAUGGUUCAAUAAGGGGAGUAUGGCCACAGCCGCCUUACCAGAGAGCGGGUCUUCCCUGGCCUUGCGAGCCCUGGGCUGGGGCUCACUUUACGCGUGGUGUGGGGUUGGUGUGAUCAGCUUCGCAGUCUGGAAAGCUUUAGGAGUUCACAGUAUGAAAGACUUCCGAAGUAAAAUGCAGUCAAUAUUUCCAGCAAUUCCCAAGAACUCAGAAUCGCCUCUUGAGUGGGAGGAAGCAUUGAAAUCCAAAUGAGAUGAGCAUGGUGGGAAAAGUCUAAAACAAACGUCAUGGAGAGGGUGGCUUUGGAGAUGUCACAGAAGCAAAGGGACUCCCCUGAUUUAUCAUCAGGGACAUGUGCAUUGCUGACCCAACCCACGGGAUGGAUGGCGUUCAGUGCCGCACAGGAGGCCUAUAUUCUGUGUGCUUUACUUUAGUGUGUGUGUGUGUGUGUGUGUGUGUGAAGGUUUUCCCAAAAUUAGGAAGAUUCUUGCAAAAUAAUUACAUGGAUAACCUCUCGGUGGAGAAGAUCCCAAGGGAAAUCCUUCUGUUUACAAGGGCUAAAACCAAGUUUUGUACCUGGGGGAAAAAUAAACGUGAAGUAACAGAUGAUGGAAAAUCUUUAUAGACAGACUCCUAACAGCACUAGUACUUCACUGUGUCUAAUUAAAUGAGUUUCCACAGCCUUCCUUGUUGGAUGUAAUUGUCAGGGUGUGGAAGGCUUGCUGCUAUGAGGCCUACUCCCCAGUGACAGGUUCACAGGGAAACCCUGUCUGUCAGGCAGCAGAUGUGGCUCCGUCAUCUGGAACCCAGCCCUAGGUUUGCUCCUGCUUGCCAGUUAGCUGAUGAGCUCACCCCAAGGCCCUGGAAAUUCUCAGACAUAGAGAAGAAGCCAGGAACAGAUUAUGAUAACCCAAAGAGACAGUCAUGCUAAAAUAAUAAUUGUGGAUAUAAAUUGUGCUUUUUUGAGGAGUCAGUUCUGUGUUCCUAAACAUUGACUAAUAAUUUGUAGUUUCACCUCAAUUGUUCAUGUAAAAAUGGUCCAGUUAUCACCUAGCUUAACAAAUAUUUUUAACCAGAAAGUUACUGAGGUAUUGAGUCUCAGUAUUAAGUACUGCCUCUUGAUGGAUUCCUACACACAGACCCCGCCCUUUCCUGUCCUCCAUGACCUCUCAGAGAAAACAGAGGAUAAUGUCUACGUGCAAUUGUUUUUACUGGAGAUGAACGUUUUUUAAAGAAAGUACUUUAAUAUGUCAGUAUAUCCCAAAAAAUAUGGUUGGACAUCAGUAGUGCAAUUUCUUUAUAAUUAAUUAGGCUUUAAUUAGCAAUCAGGUUUAAUAAAGUACAUUUGAAAUUUUUCUGUUAUAAUGAAACCUUUUAGUGCUAAGGAAAAUUUUUAAAUGAAAUGUCAAGUGCAUAAUGUAACAUUUUUCUCUGGACCACGUUACCCUGUUAAAGUUGCUGUAUUGUUAAUUAAUUAAACAGGUGUAAGCAGCAUCUGGGAUCAUAUGUAACCUGUUAAAAAUCCAGGACUAAAAGGAAAGAACUAUGGAAUUUAUCAGGGCAUAUGGAGUAGCAAAAACUCUUUGCCCAGCUUUCAUUUUUAACUAAAUCUCUAAGAAGAGAUUCCUAGCCUCUGAAUGGGAUGAAGGAAGGAAAGGCCAGAACCAAACUGAACAGUUUGUGUUCCUAUUACUGGCCUGAGUCUAGGAGCAGGGUGGGUGUGCUCUGUUCCCCCAUGGCCUGGCACAUGAGAGGCCUGAGGAAUUAAUGUUUGGACACAUACUUCUGAGGCAUGACUCGUGUUUACAAACCCUUUCCGUACGUCUUUUGUUCUUGAGGCAUGGCAGGGCGGCCAGAAUGAUCGUGAAUCACCUGCUGAGGGAACGUUGACAUGGGGACAGACUCCCUAGGAGACACCAGGCAUAGGAUCCAGUCGCAUUUGAAAAGCAAAAAUGGAGUAACGAAACUGAGAGUUUAAAGGAAAACAAGCAGUGUGAUCGAAGUGGUAUUUUUCUAUAGUCAGAACUCAGAUAUCAGAAGAUUUAGUCAUUUGUCUAUUCCUUUUAUACCAGAGGCAUAUUGUUAAAUUGGUUAAUGGAAAGGAAAAAUGUUGAACAGAUAAUGUUAUUCUUUAUGUGAAGUACCAUCUGUGUAUUGAGUUCUGAAUGUUCCUGGAUAUGGAAGAGAGGAAAUGUUAUGGAAUUUCAA